CGCCUAGAUAAAUAGUGCACAGGCACCAUCUGCGCAUAGCUGAAUUUCGUAUACAUAUUACUAGCAAUGAGGGUGCUAAAGAUUUGUAUUUUUAUUUGUGCUAUCAUAGUUAAGACUUCCUGUGACUCUGGUGAGGUCACAGAAGAAAUUGAUGAACCAGGAAUCGUAACGAAAUGUGCAAAUGAAGUGGGCUUGUCAAGAGAUAUAGCUGAGACCAUAUUGAGGAACAAUUUUACCGUUCCAGAUGAAACUAAUGAAACCCAAAGAUGUUACGUUCACUGCAUCGGACUGAAGAUGCGAUACAUUACGCCGGAAGGGGUCCUAAACGUAGACAAUAUGUUCAAAGAAGCAGACAAGUUCCUAAAGGAAAGAGGACAGUCGAAGACUACCUUGAGAGAGGAAAUUGAAGAAUGCGCAAAGAAAACUGGGACUGGAAAAUGUAUGACGUCGUACGUAAAUAUCGUAUGUUUGCUGGGCACUGUCAGCUGAGAUGGUUACCGUUCUGAUAAAGAGGCAGAAAAUUGCUGCGAUUUUCCUUUUUUUUCCAGCUGUUUGGAAACCAUUUGCAAUACUGUUACCUAUUUUAGCACCGCACAGUGUAACAUUCAGUACAGUAAAGCAAUAAACGAAACGAA